AUGGCUCAGAUCGCCCUGCCACGACAACAGGUUACCCAUGCACAGGAAUCCACAGACAGCGGCAUCGGCUCACCGCUCUACGAGCGGCGCCGUGCCUCCAAUGCCGGGCCUGUAGAACUCAUCCCGAAUCCUGACUUCUCCUUCCCACAGAUGCCAGCGGAUGAGUCCUCCAACCCUUCGGCCAGGCCCAAUUUCGCUCCCAAACCUCGUCCAAUGUCGCUCCAGGCGUUUCCCACCGGCCGUCGAGGCUCUGCUCAAGCAGCACGCCAGAAAUCCGUUUCUGCUCUGCCUGACUUCUCUUUCAAUCCCGCAGGUCCCUCCAAGCAACCAGCCACGACCCCUCCUCAUUCACCCAUCGCCCUACCGACAACACCGUCACGGCCAAUUGGAGGACACAGGCGAGGUGGAAGCGAGUUCAUCGGAGGCGAUGGAAGGGCAGGGAGUACCAAUCUGCUCAGUUCGAGCCCGACCAAGGGCGAGGCAGUUCUUCCUCCACCCUCGAAUACCCUUCGACCCGGUCCACCAGCUGGUCGUAGGGGACAUGCCCACCGGCGCUCGGGAGCCGUCUCUUCGCAUGAUCUAUCUUCGAUCAUGCAGCCAGCCAGUGCUGUUCCGCCUCCUGCUCGAGCCGGCAGCGCGCCAGUCACUCCUCUCGAGGGUGAUCAAUUCGUCUUCGGCCACGCCGUCAACAAAUCGAUCUCACAGCCCUCGCUGAGGGACAGUUCCUUCUUCGAUGACGCUAACUCAUCAGGCCGCAGACCUUCCUCCAGACAACGCGUCGGCUUUUCUGACAAGGUCGAGAUCAUUCGUCCUCUUUCCACCAUUUCCUCAGAGACCGAGACCUCCAUGUCCACGAUAAGGGGUCACUCUGCCACUGGCAGUCUUUCCUCGGUCAUUAGUGCAGGAACGUCGAGCCCAGCAUCGGCACGGACACGGCCUUCGCUGAAUACAACCUUGGAAAGCGACGAGCGCCCAAGCACCGCAGGGGCAGUCCUCGACAUGUACAAGAGCAAGAACGUACAAUUUGACGAUGAUGUGUUUAACCGCAAGCGACCAAUGUCUGCGGUCUCGCCCGCUUCGCUCAAUUCCAGCGCAGGUCCUGUUUCUCCACGCAUCACGACCAAGCGACGGGGUUUCUUCCGCCUAGAGUCACGACGUAGCGAUCCUUCCAUUCACACACUCUCUACCAGCAUUUCUGACCCAGCACUCUCCGCCUCAGUAGAGGCUUCUGCUCUUCCUUCGCCCAUGCUCGAGGAUGAAGAGAAUGUGGACGAGACGGACAAGGCCAAAUCGAGCCGCAAAGGAAGUCUCAAACCCCGCAAGGUAAAGUCGUGGGCGAAUUCGAUCAUUCGAAAGGGAAAGCACGGCAACAAGAUCAAGGACCGACCACCUACUCCCCCUCCAGCUGCCACGGAUGCCAACGAUUCGACCGAGGAGAUGGAUUUCGAGGCCACUUUCGAGGCUAACUUUGAGGCCAAUUUCGACGUUGACAACACGGUCACCAUUGUUACGCCCACUGAGAAUGCCGUCCCCGAGCCAAAGCUGAAUACUGACAUUGCUUCCUGGAAACCCCGGGAGCUGAAGCGCGCCGACUCGGACGCCAUGAGCCCUGUGAUCGACUUGGAUGCCGCGCUUGGACCCUUCAACACCCCCCAAGGAACGGGACCGCGCGGCCAGCAGCGCGGUUUCGGCGCCCAUCGCCGGGCCAUGCACAGUGCCAGUGGCUACACUGCCUCCCACCGACGGACCGAAAGUGCCCCGGAACUUGCUCCUUUUGAUGCUCGGGCCUCCGCCGUUGCCUCUCCCACCACUAUGGCGGACGUGUUUGAAGAGGACGAGCCAGAAGAGGAACCCUCCCAAGGCCAAGAGACGAAGGCCGCGUCCACCGAUGUCAAUGACAUCGAGGAGGAGGUCGAAGAACCAAAGAUCCAGUUGGUGGAAGCCGCAGAGUCCCAGAAUGGCACCACCACCACCACCACCAUCAAGUGGAAUUUCAACGAUGGCCUUGGAAUCCAACGUCGAGGCAGGUCCCCUAAAGGUGAAGAUUCGGAGCCUCUGUCUCCAUUGCAGGCGCCCCAGCCCGUACCGAGCGGCAAUGGUUCGAAACAAUCGCUUACCACGGAUCCGAUCGAAACCAAGGAAAGCCAGCAAGUGAUGAAUCUAUCCCUCCCAUUACCUCAGCAAAGCCUCAGGACGCCUGAUACUUUCACGUCUUCUUUCUCUUCGCCAGACUUCCGAUCUAGCCAAGCCUCUCUCGACAUCCCCCGCCUGGGAACGGCUGCCUCGUCCAUGACUGACUAUCGCGCAAUGCCUUCGCCGCAAUUUGGAGAGCCUGGCCCCGAGUUGCGCGUGUCGGUAGACGACGUACCGUCCUUGACUUCGUCUCGUUCGACGAUGACAAGCGGCAUGCACAAUGUCUAUCCUCUAAUGAGCCCUCGUCGACCUGGAGAGCGAUCAACAUCUCUUUGCUCGGUAUCCAACAGCGAGACUGAUUCUCGUCGCCAGAAGCGUUCCAGCAUUGCCAGUCUAUCGCGACUUAUCAACAGCUCUUCUUUCGGAGAGAAGAGCAAGCUCUCCAUUGAGCAGCGCCCUCACUCUGAAUAUCUUGAGCCCGCUAGAGAGUCCAAGAAGAAGCACAAGCGACUCAGCAAGCUGAUGCAAUUCUGGAAACAAAAGGACUCCUCACGAACAUAA